AUGGAAUUGAUCAAGACAGCUAGCGACGAGAGCCCUGAUCGCUUUCUUUCAUACCUCAAUGUCGAGCAGUGUGUUGCCAUCUGGAGAAAGAGGCUGCCCCGGACGCUCAGACCAGAAGCGCUCCCCGGGCAUCUACGUCAGUGCCAGCACCCAUUGGGAGAGAUAAUUUCCACUUUCGUCGCCAUCGAGCACAUCCGAAUUCUGAUUGUCAGAGUGCAAAAGUUCGGUGAUGUCAACGCAACUGCAGCUUCUGAUUAUUGCCGCAAUUAUUCGACUUGGCUCCCAUCCCCGGUGAAGGCCUCGACGGAGUUUAGUGAAUCACGAAGAUUCUAUGAAGCCAUCCUCUCAUCAGACGUUAUCUGCGAUAUCGUAAGGAAUUGGCCUAGGCACUCUAUUUGCCGCACUUGUCCCCUUAUUAUGUUUGCCCUAUGGGCUCCUGCAUGCAUUCAACUUAUGGUCAAGGCGUUCGCCACGUCAACCUGGGAACUCCGCGAAAAGGCAUUAAUUUCAUUCCAAGCACUCCGGUCUGGUAUGGAACAAUUUGCUGAGUACUGGGGUCUCGGACAAGCAAUCCUCCAAUCCUUCCGCAGAUAUGAAGAUAAACUCAGUCAGAUAGGAUGUACCAAUGGGCGUACAGAUAUUGGGAAGGAAUUCUUACUAGCAAAGAGGCUUUUGUCGCUUCCGGACCACAUUGAUAAUGCUAUCAUCAAUAACACCAAUGGAUUAGGUGAACUGAUGGACAAAAACGAAACCAACUCCGACAAUAACGGCCCGCGGCAGAUACUAGACUCGGUAGUCACGUCUAACCCGUGGCACACUGGCCUGCAUGGGAGUUAUGCCAGCGAUGUUGAAUCCCUAGGCUCCUUUUGUUCGACGUUCUAUGUUGAUGAUUUGCUGGGAAAUUAUUUUUAA